UGAUUUCGAUUCAAGACUAAAACUGAAAAACAUUCAGCUACAAGCAACGCUUUUUGUUAUAUUUAAUCACAUCAUCGAAAAUAAUCUUUCUCAUAUCGCUAGUAACUAGUACUGUAGUAAAUUAGCAUAUAAGAAUGGGUGUCCCAAAGUUUUUUCGCUAUAUUAGUGAGCGUUAUCCAUGUUUAAGCGAACUGAUCCGCGAAAAUCAGGUUCCAGAGUUCGACAACCUCUAUCUGGACAUGAACGGAAUAAUUCACAACUGUUCUCAUCCGAACGAUUCGGAUGUGUUUUUCCGAAUAACGGAGGAAAAGAUUUUCACAGAUAUUUUCCACUAUCUGGAGUUUUUGUUUCGCAUGAUCCGUCCGCAGAAAUUAUUCUUCAUCGCUGUUGAUGGUGUAGCACCCCGUGCCAAGAUGAACCAACAACGCGGAAGGCGUUUUCGGUCGGCCCGCGAAGCACAGGAACAGGCAGAACAAGCCGAAAAGAAGGGACAUGUUCUUCCAACUGAAGCUAGAUUUGACAGUAAUUGCAUUACGCCAGGAACCGGUUUCAUGGCUCGGCUACAAAAAGCGAUGGAGCAUUUUAUCAAGGUAAAAGUUAGCACAAAUCCACUCUGGAAGCAUUGCAAAGUAAUUCUGAGUGGGCACGAGACACCUGGUGAAGGCGAGCAUAAGAUUAUGGAAUACAUAAGGCAUGCCAAAGCGACGCCUGGUUAUGAUCCUAACACGCGCCACUGCCUGUAUGGAUUGGAUGCUGAUUUGGUCAUGCUGGGACUUUGCACUCAUGAACGCCAUUUUUCGUUGCUACGAGAAGAAGUAAAAUUUGGUAAAAAUGAGAAGAAAAGUUCUUUUGUAGAGGAAACCCGGUUCUAUUUACUGCAUCUAACACUAAUGAGAGAGUAUCUGGAGUUGGAGUUUGCUCCUGUUAGAGAUAAAUUGAAGUUUGAGUUCGAUAUCUACAAACUGAUAGACGAUUGGGUUCUGAUGGGUUACAUGGUGGGCAAUGACUUCAUUCCCCAUCUACCACACCUACAUAUAAACGAGAACGCACUGCCAACGUUGUUUCAAGCGUAUAUGGAUAUAAUGCCACAGCUGGAUGGUCACAUCAACGAGGGAGGAAUACUGAAUUUGCGCCGACUGGAAGUUUUCAUGGAACGGCUAGCUCAGUUUGAUAGGAACAUUUUUCUCGAGCACUACACCGAUUUGAAAUAUUUCAAAUCAAAAAGAAGGUCGGACGAUAUGGAAGCUUUCGACGUUAUAAUAGACGACAUCAAAGCAGAAACAGAGAUGAAUUGUGAUUUAUCGGCACUUAUCCAGGCAACAGAAGAUAUGUUUUUAGGUGACGAUGAUUAUUCGGAGGAUGGAGAUAUUGAAAAUGAUCCAAAGUACUUCGAGAAAGAAUUUGCCGCAUAUAAGAAAAAUUACUACUGCACGAAAAUGGGAUACCAACACUUUAAUGAAGAAACGAGAGCUGAGCAAGCCGAGUGUUAUGUUCGAGCUCUCCAGUGGACGUUGUUGUACUAUUAUCGGGGUGUACCAUCAUGGUCUUGGUUCUAUCCCCAUCACUAUGCACCGUUUAUUAGCGAUGUGCAAAGUUUUAAACACUUAACAAUUACAUUCGAGUUGGGAAAGCCAUUUUUGCCUUUUCAGCAGCUCCUCAGUGUGCUGCCUACGGCCAGCAUGAGCCAUCUACCCGCUGCAUAUCACAGCCUAAUGACUGAUCCUAACAGUCCGGUGAUUGAUUUCUACCCACAAAAUUUUAGCACAGAUCUAAACGGGAAGCAACAGGAUUGGGAGGCUGUAGUGCUGAUUCCGUUCAUUGACGAAAAGCGCCUUUUGAAAUCCAUGGAAUCGUGUGAUGCUUUUUUAACGGACGAAGAAAGGCAACGGAACGUUCAUGGGCCAAUGAUUCUGUUCCAAUACGACCAAAAUGGAACAGCUUGUCUACCAGCAAACUACGGAUUCGACGAUGUUAAUCAGCUAAAAGUAUCGGAAACUUCCAUUUAUCGAGAAGAUUUACGUGUUGCAGAGCAGAAUCUUGUACUGGGGCCUUCCAAGGGUGCUGUUUUGAAUGGUUACAUCAAGGGAUUCCCAACCAUGAAACAUCUUCAGUACCAUGGCACAUUAAAAGAGUUACGCAUAAAAGUCUUCAACUUUUGCAGUCGCAAUCCAAGUAUGCAAGUGAUCAUCGAUCGCCCACCCGAAAGCAUCAAAUCGACGCCAAUUCUAGCACAAGAGCUUCUCGGUCGCAUCGUUUACGUCAGUUGGCCUCAUUUGAUCGAAGCGAAGAUAGUCAAGGUAGCCGAUGCUGAAAUGAUCUACGAAAAAGAUCAGGAACCUCGCCAGAACAACGCCAAGUUUUUCGAUACCUGUCGAAAGUCAAUCAUUGAACAUAAUAACAGUCGUUUGGCAAUCGAUGUUGGUAAAGUCGAACAGUUGAUUUAUGCACGGACUUGUGUUGGAAGUGAAUAUGUUCUUCGCGAAGAUCAGUAUGUGCUAAACAAACUGUGGAACGUUGGAGAAACUAUGUACCCUGUGCAAACAGUUGUUACCGAUUUACGGGAAGUGCUGAAAACUUUAAAGCCAUACCAGAAAAUUAACGAAAUGUUUCCGGAAAAUUGCGUGGUAUUUCUACGCGCAACGGAAUGGUACGGUAGUAUGGGACACAUAAUGGAUGUGACGGCGGGGCACAAACGUAUUAAGUCCCGAUUUGAAAUACAUGACGAGCCCAAUCUGGACAAAGUCAUGGAAAUAAAUGAGCAAAGUAAAAAUAACUACCGCGGUAUCCAGGAUACCGCAUCGACGGUGGGUAUUUCACCCAACCUUUUAUGCAGAUUAUCUUCUACAAUAUUGAUCAUCCCCGGCGGACGCAGAUCGGUCAAUGAAGACGAACGUAACAAAAUGAAUAUUGGCUUGCAACUGCGAAUGGUGUCGCAGAAUGAGGAAACGGUUGGGUACACCAAAAAAUUAGACCGAAUGUGGAUGUUUUCAGAGAAAGCAAUUAAACUACUCACUGACUAUUACGAAAAAGUUCCACAGCUCUUCAGGCGGCUGGAACAGUACAGUAAAAGUGAUAAUCUAUUCGAAGACGAGGUGUUUGGUGAAGACAAAGAAGAUGGCAUCAGUUUGAAGGAACUCGUUGCAUGGAUAAAAAGCCACGAUCACACUAAAGCGGAAAGGCGACCUUGUGGAACCAAAACUUUGGAGCCUGUUGCAGUCGAAGAGUUAUGCCGAACUAUAAACGAAUAUGUGAGUAAACCUCCGCUCAUGCAAACUAUGUUUGUGCAUGCUAAAAAUCUUUACAAACCAAGAAUGAAACAGUCCAAAAGUAUUGAUCAUCAUGCUAAUUUUGAAUUGUUGGAUCGCGUAAUCGUCGCCCGCGAAACCGAAGUUGUACCGUUAGGCUACCGGGGAACGAUAAUCGGAAUUCAUUUCGUCAAGGAUCCAAACCCAGUACGCCAAGAAAAUGUGGUUAAGGAAGAUAUGUACUUUGACAUUCUGUUUGACAAAGAAUGUCCCAAUGGUGUGCAAGUACUCGGUCUUGAACAAACUAAAAAUCGUUUAGUUCGACUAGCUGAAGGUGCUGUUCUUAAUAUAUCCUUUGGAAGAGCAACAGUCGAAUACAAGCCAAAAGAUCCUUUCCAUCCAAUCAUACUUCCAGCGGAGGAAUUUUUGCCAAAUGGUAAGUCCACCUUUCAAGUUCAACAGAAGUUGGAAGUGGUGCGAAAGGUUCCUUCGAAACCUCCACCGUCGGCUGAGUCUAUCAAGAAGCGACUCAACGAAAGAAUCGAAAAGAAAAACCCAACGAAGGCGUUCAUAAUGGCCAAUCGAAAACCUCUAGAAGAACAGGAAGGCCAUGCUCAACAGACUGCCUGCGACUUUGGACAUUUAUGGAAUAAAUUACGAGAAACCCAAGCCCAAGCGCCGUCGGUGUUAAAUGACCGGGAUAUAAGGAGCUUCAUUGGCAAUGGAACCGCAUUGUACCAGCAGCAACCGGACAUACCGUUUGGUAUUGUGUCACCGGUAGUGCAAUCUUCCAGGAACAACAGCUUAAACGAGACUCCUGCGGUUGAUCCAACUGUUAUGUUGAAAAAGAUGCUGAAAAUUAGCAAUAGCCGUGAUCUUGCAGAUCAAGAAAUGUCCACAGAAGAGACCACCAUUCAAGUAAACGAUUUAAACAGCACAUCGAAAUCGCAAACAUCUACAGCAACGGUUCCACCUCAACCAAACAUUCCGAUGCCAAAGAACCUACCAAAACCGCCUUCUUCGUGGAGAUCUCCAAGGAAAACAGUAACCGAUGUGCAAAGUUCGUCGGAAAAACAGUCCGUUCCUAGUACAAAUUCAGUUGCACAGCCCGAAAUAUCCAGAAUUCAGCAAAAAAAUCAUCGACCUAUUCGGCUUCCACAAACACAAAUGCAUUACCCAGCGUACCCGCAACUGAAACCGUUCACAUGCCAGACCGCGAUAUACCCUCAGGUACCACUGCAGGGAGUCGCUCAGCACUUUCAACCAAUGCCGCGAUAUCAGCAGGGCCCACUGAUCCCCAUGCAUCCACUGAUGCAUCAACAGCAGCUACCACAACAUCAUCACCAGCAACAUGUAUUCCGCGGACAGCAAUACAAUCAACGCCAACACGGCCCAAACGGACCACAAAAUUUAAGCUUUAAUCGAAACACCCCGGCAGGGACUGGCGCGUUCGUUCCGUUACAAGCUAUGAGAAAUGCCAAGAGUCGCAGCAAUAGCUCUGCAAACAAUGCAAGCCAGAACAAAAAGGUAAUCAACCAACGCCCGCAAACAUUGGAUGCCACAUCCUUCGCCCAACAAAAUGCCGAACUGAGACAAUUCGUCGAGCAGAAACAAGAAGAACUGAAGCAGACAUUUGCUUCUUUUCUAUCGGAGAAUCAAAAAGUCUCCGAAACGACAAAUUCCGACACCGAAAAAGCAAGUAAGCUAGAAAUGCCUACUGCUGUAAAUAUAGAGAAGACUAAACCGGCAGCUCAACCACCAAAAGUACGGCAAAUGCGUAUUGCAGCUAAGUUUUCGCAGGCAGAGUAGUAUUAAUUUGCCGUUGUGUGUGAUAUUUAAAUUGUUUUCUUAUACAUACUCUGAUUUUUGUUUUAUUAUUUUACACUCGGAAAGUGACAAUCACUUUACGUAUAGAAUUUAGCAUCAAUAAAGAGGCGCACCGUUAGCGUCAUAGA